CGUUUCUAUCACAGCAGUUUUAAUGUUUGAUUCCCAAAUAGCUCUAGUCCAUUCCCGAGUACUUUGUCAGGUGACAUUCGGGGGGAGGGUUUUAAAAAGACGGGUAGCCAUUUUUGCUGUCCGGCAUAGUUCUGAAAAACACACUGUACGAACGCUGUGACAUUUCUCGCACAGAAAUAAUUGAAAAGACUAAAAUUCUGGACGUUAGCGGUUGAUGUCUUCGGAUGCUGUUUAACUUCGAAACGUGGAAUAGAGAGUGGAUGUGGAAAACACUAAAAUGACUGAUACUUUGGUGUCUUAGCAUCUGUUGUUAUGGAUCUAUACUUCUGAAAAGGGGGACUUGGCUAUCAAAGCCCUUUUAUGCUUGCAGCAUCACUGACUACUUCACCGAAUGAUUAUUUUAAUCUUCAAGAACACAUUAAUGGAAAAAGAACAAAGAACCUGAAGUUAUCUGAAGUGGUUUUGUUUGUAGUUUUUUUCUUUUUGGGGGCGGAAGGAAUAGGAAGGAGAGCCAGUUGUGCUUAUCCUUGGCGAACUCGUAAAUAGGAAAGCAUCUUCCUUUGGAACAACCAUCAAGUUGGACAUUUGGACUGUUUUGAAAAAAAAAAACAAUGAGUACCGCUAGAACGGAGAACCAAGUGAUUCUGGGCUUGUCCAAUCAGAAUGGCCAGCUUCGAGGCCCAGCGAAUAGCAAGCCGGCAGGUGUCCCAGGAGGAGGGAGUAGUCCUCAGCCACCAGCAAGCCAAGUCAAGGCCACCAGCACAAUCAACAAUGGUGGAUCCCAGCCAGCAGCACCAACAAACGCAGUCAUCAAACCUGGAGAUGACUGGAAGAAGAACCUUAAGCUCCCUCCAAAAGACAUGAGAAUGAGAACUUCGGAUGUGACCGCAACCAAGGGUAAUGAAUUUGAGGAUUACUGUUUGAAACGCGAACUUCUCAUGGGGAUCUUCGAGAUGGGCUGGGAGAAACCAUCUCCUAUUCAGGAGGAGAGCAUUCCUAUUGCUCUGUCAGGGAGGGACAUUCUAGCCAGAGCAAAGAACGGCACUGGGAAGAGCGGCGCCUACCUCAUCCCCUUACUUGAACGCAUUGACCUGAAGAGGGACUGCAUACAAGCUGUGGUCAUCGUUCCCACUCGAGAGCUGGCCCUGCAGGUGAGUCAGAUCUGCAUCCAGGUCAGCAAACACAUGGGCGGAGUCAAGGUCAUGGCAACUACUGGGGGCACCAAUCUCCGUGACGACAUCAUGCGGCUCGAUGAAACGGUACAUGUAGUCAUUGCCACACCAGGAAGGAUCUUGGACCUCAUCAAGAAAGGGGUGGCCAAAGUCGGCCAAGUGCAGAUGAUUGUGUUGGAUGAGGCGGAUAAGCUAUUGUCCCAAGACUUUGUCCUGAUGAUGGAGGAAAUUCUGAGCUUCCUGGCCAAGCAGAGGCAAAUCCUGCUGUAUUCUGCAACCUUUCCAAUUAGUGUGCAGAAGUUCAUGAACUCCCAUCUGCAGAAGCCUUAUGAGAUCAACCUCAUGGAGGAGCUGACAUUGAAGGGUGUGACUCAGUAUUAUGCCUACGUCACUGAGAGGCAGAAAGUCCAUUGUCUUAAUACCCUCUUCUCUCGACUCCAGAUCAACCAGUCCAUAAUCUUCUGCAAUUCAUCUCAGAGAGUGGAGCUCCUGGCCAAGAAGAUCUCUCAACUUGGCUACUCCUGUUUCUACAUUCACGCAAAGAUGAGACAGGAGCACCGCAACCGUGUGUUCCAUGACUUCAGAAAUGGUCUCUGCCGAAACCUUGUCUGCACUGAUCUCUUCACCAGAGGAAUUGACAUCCAAGCUGUGAAUGUGGUGAUUAACUUUGACUUCCCCAAGCUUGGAGAGACGUACCUGCAUCGCAUUGGCCGAUCUGGGCGCUUUGGACAUUUGGGUCUGGCCAUCAAUCUCAUAACGUACGACGAUCGCUUCAACCUGAAGGGGAUCGAGGAGCAGCUGGGAACCGAGAUCAAGCCCAUCCCUAGCAGCAUCGACAAGAGCCUCUACGUGGCCGAGUACCACAGCGAGAGCGGAGAGGAGCUCAAGCUGUAGAGGUCAUCAAUCCCAUACUUUCCCUUUAACUUACCCCUGUCCCCAUCCCCCAUACUCCCACAGUGCAGUGGGUUCUCUUUCCUUUUUUUCCCUUUCCCC